GCCCUCGUACCUUCACCUCUUUCUUGUAUUGCGGUGCACAGCGAGCUCCUAUUCAGCUCAGCCUCCCUUCGUUCAAGGUUUGGCAGGGAAGAUGUCCACGGGCGGCUACCAGGGGCCGACGGCCGACUUCACCCCGACCGGGUUCGGCAGCGAUUCUCCGGAGACGAGCUCGAGAAACGGAGCCUCGGCCUCCGUUAUCAAUCCUCCGCUGUUUGCUGCCGAUUACAAAAGGUAGCCCGGUACCCCGCCUGGACUGUUUGUGUAUUUGCAGAGAUUGGUAGCUGCACUGUUGAAUGACUGAACGAAAGAACGUCUGCACGAGAGGGCGUGUUCGGUUUGCGGGAAGGGGAACGGAGGAAGCGAGCCGGUUUUCGUGGAACUACACGUGCCACUAAUUGGAAACACUUUGAAGCAUGCAGUGUGCAUUCUGCACGACAAUGAAAGGAUGUUGCUGCAACACUAAUUCAUUCACGAGGUGCACUCUCUUUGUUAUUGUAGACACGAAGACCUGAAGAGCAUGCUGGACUCGAGCAAAGACGGACAGAAGAGAGAAGCAAUGAAGCUCAUCAUUGGAAUGGUUGCCAAGGGCAAAGACUGUGCAGACCUCUUCCCAGCUGUAGUAAAGAAUGUGGUGUCUAAGGAUUCAGAGAUCAAGAAGCUGGUGUACGUCUACCUGGUCCGCUACGCCGAGGAGCAGCAGGACCUCGCCCUCCUGUCCAUCAGCACCUUCCAGAAGGGGCUCAAAGACCCAAACCAACUCAUUCGGGCCAGCGCCCUCCGUGUCCUGUCCAGUAUAAGAGUUCCCAUCAUAGCUCCCAUCAUGAUGCUUGCCAUCAAAGAAUCAGUGACUGAUAUGUCGCCGUUUGUUCGCAAGACAGCUGCCCAUGCCAUUCCCAAGCUCUUCAGUUUGGAUCCGGAAUUGAAAGAUGAACUCGUGGAAGUCAUUGAAAAGCUACUCAAAGACCAAACAACACUGGUUGCCGGGAGCGUCGUCAUGGCGUUUGAGACGGUGUGUCCAGACAGGAUAGACAUGAUUCACAAGAACUACAGGAAGUUAUGUAAUCUCCUCGUUGACGUAGACGAAUGGGGGCAAGUCAUGAUCAUCAACAUGCUCACUCGCUACGCACGGACCCAAUUUGCCAACCCUAAUCAGGAAGAGGUCGCGGAAGACGCGCCAUUCUACGUGGAGUCAGAGGAAGAAGAGGAGGAGGAGGAGAGUGAGGAGGAGGAGAGUGGGGAGAGCGGGGACGAAGAGGGGGAGAAGAAGAAGAAGAAGAAGAAGCCGAAGAAGAAGAAGGGCUACACAAUGGACCCAGACCACAGACUUCUGCUGAAGAAUGCCAAGCCCCUCCUUCAGAGCAGGAACGCAGCUGUGGUGAUGGGCGUGGCCCAGCUCUACCACCACGUUGCUCCUCGGAACGAGUUUGGAAUAAUCGUGAAGCCUCUCAUUCGACUGUUGAAGGGACAUGUUGAGACGCAGGCCAUCGUGUUGAGCAACAUUGCCACCAUUUCUGCCGAUCGCUGCGCUAUGUUUGAACCGUAUCUCAAGAGUUUCUACAUCCAUUCUAGUGACCCCACCAACAUCAGACUACUCAAGCUGGACAUCAUAGCCAACGUGGCUGGAGAAUCCAGCAUCCAUACCAUUCUCAGGGAAUUCAGGACCUAUAUCUCCAGUCCCGACAAGCAGUUUGCCGCGGCGACCAUCGAGGCGAUAGGCCGAGUGGCGUGCAGCAUAUCUGAGGUUACCGAGACCUGUCUCCACGGGCUAAUGUCCCUCCUCUCCCACAAGAGUGAGAAUGUGGUUGCACAGAGUGUUGUGGUCAUAAAGAAGCUUCUACAACUCCACCCGAAGCAGAAUAAAGAUCUUAUAGACCAGGUCGCAAGACUAGCGGAUUCUGUCACUGUUCCGAUGGCUAAGGCUAGUAUCCUGUGGCUGGUGGGGGAAUACUGCUCUCUCGUCCCCAAAAUGGGUCCAGACGUCCUCAGAAAAGCCGCCAAGAACUUUGUGAACGAGAGUGACAUAGUCAAGUUGCAGACGGUCAAUCUAGCAGCAAAGCUGGUGCUCUCCAACCCAAAGCAGACGCGACUUCUCUGCGACUACGUCUUGUCUCUCGCCAAAUACGACCAGAACUACGACAUAAGAGACAAUCCCGUUUCCUCUUUGAAUGGUCUAUUUUUGCAGGGCGAGGAGACUGCUCUGUCGAAGUAUGCCAAGAAGAUUUUGUUGGCACCAAAACCAGCCCCUGUGUUGGAGUCUGCAUUCAAAGACCGCAUUCACUGGCAGCUGGGUUCUCUCUCUCACGCCGUCAACAGCGAAGCCACGGGCUACAUGGCGCUCUCGGAUUUCCCCGCCGAACCCCCUGACCCCAGCGUCCGCAACGUGGAGGACGACUCCUGGUGGGGGAAAACCAAGGAGAAGAAGAAAAACCUCCACGGCGAUUCAGAUUCCGAAGCGAGCAAUUUCUAUUCCUCCAUAUCUGGUUCCGACGUCUCUGGCUCCGAUAAUGAAGGGUCGGAGGAGGGGAGUGGGUCUGAGAGUGAGUCCGGGGAGGAGAGUGAGGAGGAGGAGGAGGAGGAAGGAGAGACGUCCAGUGAUGAGGAAGAUGCUCUCGAGAAGUUGAAAAAGAGAUUUGGCAAGAAGAUAGAAGUGAGUGACUCUGAAGAAAGUGAGGAAGAGAGCGAAGAAGAAGAAGAGGAGGAGAGCAGUGAAGAGGAGUCAGAGACUGAAACCAGCAGCGAUGAAGAAGAGGAAACUCCGCGACGCAGUGCUAUCGCCAAACCCAAGGUGGCAGCAGGCAAGACAGCUAAGAGCUCAGCACUGAAACCAACAGCUGCUGCCUCCCCGAGAAGAUCUGAGGAACCUUCUCUACUUGAUUUUGACGGAUGGGACUCUGUGACGGCCUCUACUCCAAAUAGUGCCCCCCUAAACUCAUACCCCAUCUCCACGGCAACAGCAGUCCCAGGGGCCUCGACCAACCUGCUUCAGCCAUUGACCAAUCAGAUGGCAGCUCUCGCCACAUCCUCCCCCUCCUCCUCCGCCUCCUCCGCCCCACCUUCUACCAAACCAUUCACACAGGAGAUUAUAUCUGCAGUACACACACCAAAGAAAACAUAUGACUUACUUAAUCGUAUCACAGGUAAUGGCCUGGCGGUGACGUACCACUUUUGCCGGCGAUCUCACAUCACUUCUUCAAAGAUGGUGGCCAUCGACGUCACGUUCCAGAACUGCGGCGACUCCACGCUGAGCGGAAUCAGGACAGGCUCGCCACAGCUCCAGUCCGGAAUGAGAAUGAGCUCGGACGUCAAUAUCAAGGCCCUAACGGCAGGGACCUCCCAGACGGUUACCGUGGGGAUCGAUUUCAACGACACUCUACAGCCGGCCAAAUUUGAGAUUAGUGUGGCUCCAGGCAAGAGGUAUCCGGUCCAGAUAGACCCACUGGUAGGAGAACUACUCAGACCUAUGUCUGUCUCCGAGGACAAGUUUAUGGCACUCAAAGACAAACUGACUGGAAUGCACGAGAACAUUAGCAAGCUCUCGGUGGCCGUAAGCCCCGCCUCCCUCCAGCCAGCCGUCCUGGAGGUCGCCAACAUGGCUCCCGUUGCCACGACAACCAAGUCAAACAUGCAGCGGUAUGCAGCGGUGACAUCGACGGGGAAUCUCCCCGUGCUCCUGACGAUAGUCUGCGCGGAGGACACGAAAAUCGUGGUCAACUGUGAGAAGAUGGUUUUCAACUCUAUGCUGGCAAAGGCAGUGAAAGAAUCUCUGGUGUGAACUGUGCGAUGCCGGGGGAGGGCAAAUUAUAGUGCAAAUAUUAGCGUUUUUCUCUUUAUUGGUUGUGUAUUGUACAGGAGUAUGUAAAACGGUUUUUGUAAAAUAACGUUUGUUUUGCCAUCAGUGUCUUUUUCCGAGAGUACGAGC